AUGGAGACCGAAAAGCCAGCACGACAUGACUUGAUUACGACGAUCAAUUACUACAAAGACCUAGGAGACGGGAGUGCUCCAACACCGGUCUACGUUGGGAAGGACCAAGUCACUAACAAGCGACUCAUGCUGCCUGUUACCACCACCGUUACCGACGUGACGGGGGAUGACGUUGAGAAGAGCUUCACGCUUGAUCAAAACGGGUUUCAGUACCUGAAGCACGUUAGCGAGUUGGCGCGAGAGGAAUUUGCGGACGAGGAGAAAAUCCAAAGGGAGUAUUUCGCCGAGUGUGAGGGGUUUCUGAAGGAGGUCACCGGUGCAUCCCGCGUCUUCGCCUUUGACCAUCGGGUCCGCCGCGGCCCUUCCGACUGGCAUGAGAUUCCCGUGGACAACGUGCGGCACCGGGGCCCGCUGCACCGCGCACACGUGGACCAGUCAUACGCCGGAGCGGAGAUGGUGUUGCGGGAGAAGAUACCCAAUGCGGACGAAGUGGGAAGACUGAUGCAGAGAAGAUGGGGAAUUGUUAAUAUCUGGCGGCCCAUCAAGCCCAUCCACAAAGACCCUCUAGCCCUCUGCGACGCCCGCACCGUGCUCGAUGCCGACCUCGUUCCGGCAUCUAUCAUUCUCAAAGGCGGACAGCGCAGGGAGUCUUGGACGGUCAAGGCCAACCUUGAACAUCGGUGGUACUUCAAGUACCAACAGCAGCCGGACGAGGUGGUGCUGAUCAAGUGCUUUGAUAGCGACAGUUCCCCGGGGAUGGCGAGGAGGGCACCGCAUUGCGCCGUUGAGGAUCCAGAUGCUAGAGAGAAGGAUUGGAGGGAGAGCGUUGAAGUUCGGUGUCUCGUUUUCUGGUGAAAGAACUCGGCCAUGUCGCCGUAGAGCUCCAUCGACAUGUUAAUGGCCGAAAUGUUGACGUCUAUCGCCGUGCCAAGAGGAGCAAAGCGGCCACAAAUGGUGUCACCUUCUGGGGGCAUGGAUUAGAAGAAGAGAGCCCUUCGUGGAUAACUGCCUGUAGGCUAUGUGGGCUUUUUGGGGGGUCACAUCGUAUAAUAACCCCUAGCUGACGUACCUGCAGAUACGGAAAGGUCCUGGCCUCCUCGUAUUUGACUGGACCUAAUUGGAAGCCUUGCUCU